AUGUGCCGUCGUCGCCUCUGUGAGAAACUAAACGCGAGAUAUAAUACUUUAACGAGCGGAAUUUUGCUUCAUUAAUUUGAGCAAAAUUGGACCAAUUUAGUGUGGAACUGCAGGCGACGAAUAACGCAGUUGAAUAAUUAAUUUUUCUUCCCCCUGUCGUAAAAAAAGCCAUCAAAAUUGAAUCGACAAAGAUUGACGAGUCUUUUCCUUCCACCACAACUGCGAUGGAGGAUAAAGCAACAACAAAAGAUCUUGAUCAAUGGAUUGAGCAGUUGAAUGAAUGCAAUCAGUUGACAGAAACACAAGUCCGCACUCUGUGCGAUAAGGCUAAAGAAAUCCUAUCGAAGGAAUCCAAUGUGCAGGAGGUGAAAUGUCCGGUCACAGUCUGCGGCGAUGUGCAUGGUCAGUUCCACGAUCUAAUGGAACUGUUCCGGAUAGGCGGCAAAUCCCCUGAUACGAACUACUUGUUCAUGGGUGAUUAUGUGGAUCGUGGCUACUAUUCUGUAGAGACGGUCACAUUGCUGGUGGCGCUCAAGGUGCGCUAUCGUGAGCGUAUCACCAUUUUGCGGGGCAAUCACGAAUCGCGCCAGAUCACACAGGUCUAUGGAUUUUAUGAUGAGUGUCUGCGCAAGUACGGCAAUGCCAAUGUGUGGAAGUAUUUCACCGAUUUGUUCGACUACUUGCCAUUGACUGCUCUGGUCGAUAGUCAGAUCUUCUGUCUACAUGGCGGCUUAAGUCCCUCGAUCGACAGUCUGGAUCAUAUUCGCGCUCUAGACCGCUUACAGGAGGUACCACACGAAGGUCCCAUGUGCGACCUGCUUUGGUCUGAUCCCGAUGAUAGGGGUGGCUGGGGCAUUUCCCCCCGUGGCGCUGGAUACACAUUUGGACAGGACAUUUCGGAAACCUUUAACAACACAAACGGCCUGACUUUGGUCUCGCGUGCACAUCAACUGGUUAUGGAGGGCUAUAAUUGGUGCCAUGACCGAAAUGUUGUCACAAUUUUCUCAGCGCCAAACUAUUGCUACAGAUGUGGUAACCAAGCGGCUCUCAUGGAACUGGAUGAUUCACUUAAAUUUUCAUUCCUACAAUUUGAUCCAGCACCGCGGCGCGGCGAGCCUCACGUCACUCGAAGAACACCAGAUUAUUUCCUCUAAGCUGGAUGAGGCUUACGUUUGCGGCUUACAUUCACACACACAUAUUACAUCGCAUAAUAACAAGAAGAAAGUCUAUAAAAAGAAACAAGAAAUAAAAAUAAAAACGGUAACAAUAACAAACAAAUGGCAUGCAGUUAAACAAUAUAUAUGUAAAGUAUUCACGCUACAAGAAGCAGUAAUACAAGAACUACAACUACAAACAAAAACAAAAAAGAAAUUGACCCUAAAUGUAGGUAUUGUUGCAUGUGUUUAGCCAACACGAGUACAGAAGUACAGCUGCCGGUAAAAUUUUUAUAAACAAAAACAAUACGAACAAGUGGAAUAAGAGAAAAAUAUCUAUGUAUGUAUUUGAAGAAAAUGCAUUCAAUGCAUUGAUUUGAGGCAGUAAUUUAUGCUUGGACGCUUAGUUCUGUUAGAGGGAGGGGGUGAAAAGAACAGCAGCAGGGGCAGCAGCAGUAUACAAUCCAAUCAUCCACACACCAAGCAACCAACAAACAAAUACAAACCUUAGCUAAAUUUGUUAAUUUAUAUAAAAACAAAAAAUAAAAAGAAAAUAACUAACUAGAAACUGCAAGAAUGAUUAUCCAUGUGUGGCGGCAUCAAAAGUUCUGAAUGCGUAAGCGGCAUGUGGGCAGCGGACGAGCAGGAGCAACAAAUAAAGAUCAGCAAAGGGGGGAGACGUACGUGUAGGCACGGAAUGCGAUUCAGCGAUGGAAAUGCAGCGGGCGGGGGAGAUUUAAAGGAUAUACAAAAAGUUUAAUAUUACUGAUAACUGAAUAAAAUUUACAAAACAAAAA